GGGAGCGGGAGGAGCUGGAGAUGCUGCCAACCCUCCCCGGGCUGUGCUCGCUCUGCCGCUGCCGCCGCACGGAGCAGCCUCGCCGGGGGCCCAGUGCGCCGCGCUCGCAGCCGGUAGCUCCCGGGGCGCUCGCUCGGGGGCCGCGCAGCCCGAGACCGGACCGCGGAUAGGGGGCGAGGGCGGCGUCCAGGCGCCUCGGCGUGCACAGGCAGGAUGAGCAUCGAGAUCCCCGCGGGGCUCACGGAGCUGCUGCAGGGCUUCACGGUGGAGGUGCUGAGGCACCAGCCCGCCGACCUGCUGGAGUUCGCGCUGCAGCACUUCACGCGGCUGCAGCAGGAGAACGAGCGCAAGGGCGCCGCGCGCUUCGGCCAUGAGGGCAGGACCUGGGGGGACGCGGGCGCAGCCGCCGGGGGCGGCACCCCCAGUAAGGGUGUCAACUUCGCCGAGGAGCCCAUGCGCUCCGACUCCGAGAACGGCGAGGAGGAGGAGGCCGCGGAAGCAGGGGCGUUCAACGCUCCAGUUAUAAACCGGUUCACAAGGCGUGCCUCGGUCUGUGCAGAAGCUUAUAAUCCUGAUGAAGAGGAAGACGAUGCAGAGUCCAGGAUAAUACAUCCCAAAACCGAUGAUCAGAGAAACAGAUUGCAAGAGGCUUGCAAAGACAUCCUGCUGUUUAAGAACCUGGAUCCAGAGCAGAUGUCCCAAGUUUUAGAUGCCAUGUUUGAAAAAUUGGUCAAAGAAGGGGAACACGUAAUUGACCAAGGUGAUGACGGUGACAACUUUUACGUCAUUGACAGGGGAACAUUUGAUAUUUAUGUAAAAUGUGAUGGCGUUGGAAGAUGCGUCGGUAACUAUGACAACCGUGGGAGUUUUGGAGAACUGGCCUUAAUGUACAAUACACCCAGAGCAGCUACAAUCACUGCUACCUCUCCUGGUGCUCUGUGGGGUUUGGACAGGGUGACCUUCAGGAGAAUAAUUGUAAAAAACAAUGCCAAAAAGAGGAAGAUGUACGAGAGCUUUAUCGAGUCACUGCCAUUCCUCAAGUCUCUGGAGGUUUCUGAACGCCUGAAGGUGGUGGAUGUGAUUGGCACCAAAGUUUACAAUGAUGGAGAACAGAUCAUUGCUCAGGGAGAUUUGGCAGAUUCUUUCUUCAUUGUAGAAUCUGGAGAAGUGAAAAUUACUAUGAAAAGAAAGGGUAAAUCAGAAGUUGAAGAGAAUGGAGCUGUGGAAAUCGCUCGGUGCUUUCGGGGACAGUACUUUGGAGAGCUUGCCCUGGUCACUAACAAACCAAGAGCAGCGUCUGCACACGCCAUCGGGACUGUCAAAUGCUUAGCCAUGGAUGUGCAAGCAUUUGAAAGGCUUUUGGGACCUUGCAUGGAAAUUAUGAAGAGGAACAUCGCCACCUAUGAAGAACAAUUAGUUGCGCUGUUUGGAACAAACAUGGAUAUUGUUGAGCCCACUGCAUGAAGCAAAAGUAUGGGGAAGAAGACCAUUAGUGAGACAGUUCCGUAGUCGUGGUUAGUCCACUGAGAAUGUGUUUGUGGGGAUGCCAAGCAUUUUCUGUGAUUCCAGGUUUUUCCUUUUUUAAACAAACAAACAAAAAAAAACCAUUUACAAUAUAUCAGUAAACAGUAGUGAUUUAAUAGUCAAUAGGCUUUAACAUCACUUUCUAAUGGGUAGUUCAUAAAUUAACAUAAUCAUAAAAAUGACUUUCUAUUUCAUAAAACUGACUGAAGGUUUAUUCAAAUGGUUAUAAUAUAUUGAAAGCAUACAUGUUUAAGAAGAUAAUUAAAAGAUGUACUCAUAGGCCAAUCUGUGUGUUUGGAUUAUUCAAGUAUCGUAUUAGUGACUGUGCCCCUUUAGGGGGGAAGCUGGCAGUGGCUCGUGCGCUCUAACGUGGUAUUCCAUUCUUUUUAUAAGUCAUCAGAUGGUAAAAUGUCAAUCAUUUCAUUUUCUACCUUUUCUGGCUUGAUAAGUUGUGUGUUAGCCUUGGCCUAUUGGUAAAAUGGUGUGAAAAUCAUAUGCAAUUUUGAAAUUUUUUAUAUUUUUGCAAUAAAGUACAUUUCAACUUCUUUGACCAAUGUCAGUCAGCAGCCUGUGUAAUUGAGUGGCUUUGGAGGCCAGGUAAGUUAGUCAUUAUGGUGAUUGGGCGACGAGUCUUUUAAGAUGAAAGAUCAUCACUGGCAUCUUUCAUUAUCAACUCUAUCUUCUCACUGCUUACCAUUUUUUAUUUAGCAACCUGCUGUAUUCUUUAUAAAAUGCAUUUUGACAUUUAAUGUCACAAAGGUUGUAAUUUUUUCAAGGCAAUUUAAUCUUAAUCUGACAUUUUUUGUCCUCUGAAAGUCCUGAAUCUUAUAUUUAGAAAAAGGAAAUGUUUCCUGUCAGUAUCAAAAGGCAUUUGGGAUUCUUAGCCACAUGCCCACAAGAUAUGGCUUUGCUCUGUAAGGUCCGAGGGCCGCAGCCCUGUGCGUGUGUCUGUGCCCACAGUCCUCUGUUCUUCCUUGUCCUGAGCACCAACCAGCUAGAUCAGUAGCCAAUCAAGUGUGGUUUUGUUUUCCAAACUUCAAAAAACUCUACUACAGUGGUGGAAAUAGGUUUGUGUAUAAGCAAAGCCAUAUAUAGUGAUUAAUGUAAUUUCUGUCUAUAUUGCAUAUCAUUAGGCCUUAUCCCUAGCUUUAAAGUAAACUCACAGUUAAAAGUACACUAAGUACAACAUUUCCUUUGGUCAACAGAUACUUAUUUUUAUGGCAAAUAUGAUGAAUUGUUAUAUACAACCAAUUGUAAAAGCAAUAUACUUUUACGAUUUUCAGGCCCCAUGACCAAAUGUUUAGAGACAUUAAUUCUCACCAGUUAUUCUCGUUUAAAUGGGUAAUUUCAUUUUGGGAAACAUGUUUGUAAGGAACAGAGGUAUCUAUGUAUGUUAAAUUCAUCUAUGGCUGUCAUGAUCUUAUAAGAGAAUGUUCAUAGUCCUCUUUGUACAUGAAAACGUGGCUGAAAUGUUAAAUGGAUAAUGUAUAAACAAGAAGUAUGUUAUACUGUUAACUAUACCUUUAGCCGUGUUUUGAAAUAUAGUUUUGCAAAAUCUUUCUGUAGGAAAAAGAGCACUCUCUACAUGAAGGUCACAUGUUUUCUAUUUCCGAGUUCAGAAGCUAUGGGUUAAAGGAGGAACAAUUCCCAAAACAGAAAAACAAGAAAAAAAGCCACUCAGAUUCCUGGCUCCCCCUUGUCUUCUUUCCUCAGUUUCCCAGGUCUCUUUUGUUGCCUUGCAGAGGCUGAUUGUUGACGUUGACGGAACAGGAAACGAAUGCCUGUUGUAAAGAACCCCAACCAAGGCUAUAAAUGCCAGCUCUGUUAUUUUCAGUAUUGUUGGUUAUAUUUAAAUUUUCCUUAUAAUAAAGCACACUUUUAUAAUAAA